AUGCGUUUCCACGGAGUCGCCAUCGCUCUGUUGGGUAUAACCGCGUUUGUCUGUGCGGCACCCACUGGAACCGCAGACGGCCAGACUCCACUGCCGGAUGGACUGCCCAACCCCAGCCAAGAGCAACUGGCGGAAAUCGAGCAGAAUGCGCGUGGGACCCUCCCAAACUCUCCUCCUCCGCCUUUUAUCAGCGAAAUGGGCAUCACCAACCUGAAGCUUAUCGCGUUCAACGAACUGUUCGAGGUCGCCUACUUCAACGAGCUGCUCAUGAACAUCACCACCAACGUCACUGGCUAUACCUUCUCCGAUGACAAGGACCGUGACUUUAUCAUCGAGGCAUUCACAGCUAUCUUGGCGCAAGAGGAGCUUCAUGCGCUCAGCGCAAAUGGCGGUUUGAGCCACUUUGGCGUCGACCCAAUUCAGCCAUGCCGAUACCAAUUCCCCGUCGAGGACUUUAAGUCCGCGGUUGUGCUGGCUUCCACCUUCACGGGCUUGGUUCUCGGCACACUACAAGACGUCGUGGAGAGAUUCGCCAAUGGUCAAGACUUCGACCUCGCACGGCAGAUUUCCUCGAUAAUAGGGCAGGAGGGCGAGCAGCAGGGCUGGUAUCGCGUUAUUCAGGGCAAGAUUCCAAGCGAGCUUCCAUUCCUGACAACCAGUGAUCUGAGUUUCGCGUUCACUGCUAUCCAAAGCUUUGUCGUCCCGGGCAGUUGCCCCAACAUCGAGGAAAUCCCCUUGGCAACAUUCGAGCCCUUGACCAUCGCCACAUCUCCUGAUCCCGAGACGCAGAAUAUCACCGUUGUUUUCAAAGACCCUGGCUUCAACGACCGAAAUGAGUUAUGGAUCAGCUACAUCAACCAGCAGAACCUCCCAAUUGUCGAAUCUCUGGACAUCCUCUCCCAGGAGCAUGGCACCGUCACUGCAGAGGCAAUCUUUCCUUAUACCGAGCAUGAGAUGAACGGCUUUACUAUUGCAGCUAUCACAAAGAGCCGUGGACCUUUCAGCAAUGCAUACGCGGUGGCCGCGGACACGGUCGCUGGACCGGGUCUCAUCAUCGUCAACUGA